UGCGUGGUAAUGCUCGCCACCGAACCAGGAUGCUCGUGCUCUCUCAGCGCUGGAACGCGCGCCGCUGAUGUUGCGGAUUUGACGGGUCGGCCGCCCGCCGGGACAGCGACCGGAGGAGGACCGGAAAUUAGGAAAUAAUGAACAACAAAUUUGACGCUCUAAAAGAUGACGACAGUGGAGAUCAUGAUCAGGACAACGGUUCACCGAAAGAUGGCGAGAAGGAAAAGAAUGAGGAUGAGGAUAAGGACCAAAACACUACCAAGAGGAAGGCUGUGGUUCCUGGGGCAGGUGAACACCCUCUUCAAUACAACUACACAUUCUGGUAUUCUCGGCGAACCCCAGGCAGACCAGCCAGUACACAGAGCUAUGAACAGAACAUCAAACAGAUUGGCAGCUUUGCUUCGGUGGAGCAAUUUUGGAGGUUUUACAGUCACAUGAUCAGACCCGGUGAUCUGACUGGCCACAGCGACUUCCACCUGUUUAAGGAGGGAAUCAAGCCCAUGUGGGAGGACGAUGCUAAUAAAAGUGGAGGGAAGUGGAUAAUUCGUCUGCGGAAGGGUCUGGCCUCACGCUGCUGGGAGAAUCUAAUCUUGGCCAUUUUGGGUGAGCAGUUCAUGGUUGGUGAGGAGAUCUGCGGCGCUGUUGUCUCUGUUCGCUUCCAGGAGGAUAUCAUAUCUAUCUGGAACAAAACAGCAAGUGAUCAGGCCACUACCGCUCGCAUCAGAGACACACUUCGGCGAGUCCUCAACCUGCCACCAAACACCAUCAUGGAGUACAAGACACACACUGACAGCAUCAAGGCUUGGGAGGAUUUCCAUGGACUGGUGAAUGCUAGUGGUGGCCGCUAGGUCUUACUCAUAAAGUGAACAAUGCCAGGGGUCUAGUUACCUUCAGUGCGGAUGAAGAGGACUCAUCUUGGUCAUUUGACUCACUUAUUUAUGAAUUAACAUUGUUUCGAAAAGAAAACAAAAAGGGGUGUUGACUACUGGAAAGCCCAUUUUCCUGGUCGAAAUAUCUGAUCGGCUAAAAUGCCAGUGAGAAUGGGAGAGGAGUAAAAUGACGAGUAACAAAAGUUUUUGAAUAGUUAUUAAAAUUUGUAAAAGCUGGUACAGAAGCAAGUCUCAAACAAGGUGGCUACUGUGGUCCUGAUAAAGGCUGAACAACAAACAAUCAAAUGAUGCUGCGCUGUUGUAUAAAAUGUCUAAUUGACCUCAGCUAGCCUGUUAUUCAGCUUCAAAUAACUUACCCUUCUUAGAAAACAAGUACUUUUAUUUUAUAUUGUCAUAAACAGGGUUACAUUUUAUUAUAGUGCAGUAUUUUAAUUUCAGUGUUAAAGAAGUGUUUUUUUCCAAAUUGUAAGAAACAUAAAUAUAUAUAUAUAUAUUUUCAAAGUUUUUUUUCCUUUUUGAAAAAAUAUAUGAUUGAAUCUGUUCUUGUUUUUGUUUGUUUGUUUUAAGCUGUGUGUUGAAGCUUAAAGGCCCAACACCCUAAAUCGCACUGUGCCUGCUUCUCAGAAGCAUUUAGCAUUCUGUGAUUUUUUUUUUGCCUUGAAUAGAAAUUGUCAUAAUUACACCGUUAGCCGAAAAAAAAAUCCUGAUUUCCUCACCACCAUGUAGAACUGAGGAAUAAUAAGUGAUGUGGACCUGGAGAUUGGGGUUAGUCAUGGUUUGUCUGCAUCUCUUACAUAUACUGCCUGGAUUUAUAAAAAUGAGUGUGUUGAAAAUAAUGUAUGGAUUACAGAUGACUGAUAGCAAUAAACAUCAAUUAUGCAGCUGCUGCUAA